AAGAAUCUCGCAACCAUGGCUGCCCAGCUUUCCCUCCUGCUCCUCCUGGCACUCGCCCACGCAACGCCGUCCCGUGGCGCCGCCGACGACGGCGGCGUCAUUCGGCAGGUGACCGACGGCUCCCACGCCAGGCCUGGGCUGCUCCCGGAGGUGCAGUUCGCGGCGUUCGUGCGGCGGUAUGGGCAGCGGUACUCCGGCCCCGAGGAGUACGCGCGGCGGCUGCGGGUGUUCGCGGCCAACCUGGCCCGCGCCGCGGCGCACCAGGCGCUUGACCCCACCGCGCGGCACGGGGUCACGCCCUUCUCCGACCUAACACGGGAGGAGUUCGAGGCGCGCCUCACAGGCCUGCAUGCUAGCGGGGACGUCCAGCGGCGCAUGCGGGGGAUGCCGGCCGCCGCGCUGGCCUCACCGGAGGAGGUGGACCGGCUGCCCGCCAGCUUCGACUGGCGCGAGAAGGGCGCCGUCACCGAGGUCAAGAUGCAGGGCACGUGCGGGUCGUGCUGGGCGUUCAGCACGACCGGUGCGGUGGAGGGCGCCAACUUCCUCGCGACGGGGAAGCUCCUCGACCUCAGCGAGCAGCAGCUGGUCGACUGCGACCACACGUGUGGCGGCGCGGCGGCGAGGAAGGAUUGCAACAACGGCUGCUCCGGCGGGCUGAUGACGAACGCGUACGCGUACCUGAUGAAGUCUGGCGGGCUGAUGGAGCAGAGCGCGUACCCGUACACGGGCGCGCAGAGCCGCUGCCGCUUCGACCCAACCCAGGUCGCCGUCCGCGUCGCCAACUUCACCGCUAUGCCCGCCGGCGACGAGGCCCAGAUCCGCCAUGCGCUCGUCCACCGCGGGCCCCUCGCGGUGGGCCUGAACGCGGCGUUCAUGCAGACGUACGUGGGCGGGGUGUCGUGCCCGCUGAUCUGCCCGCGCGCGUGGCUCAACCACGGCGUGCUGCUCGUCGGCUACGGCGCGCGCGGGUUCGCGGCGUUGCGGCUCGGGUACCGGCCCUAUUGGGUCAUCAAGAACUCGUGGGGCAAGCAGUGGGGAGAGGAAGGGUACUACCGGCUCUGCCGUGGCCGCAACGUCUGCGGCGUCGACAGCAUGGUCUCCGCCGUCGCCGUCGCGCCGCCGUGAAUCAAACCAAUUAAUCCAGCACGUUUGCCGGCGUACGUGGACCAGAAAAUGGGAACUCCUGACAUGGCAAGAUAUCGUGUGAACGUACGUGGCAGUGCGGGUGAUCCCUAUAGGGAUAAACAUGAAUAACAGGAUGUCGUCAUGUUGAUAGAAGCAUGUGCCCUCUAGUAUAGGAUCUAUCGCAGCUGCCAGAAAUACUGCUUUAUAUGUGAAGAAGAAUAUGUGGACCGACGGUGUAUAGCUGCUCCGGUUUAUGUAUAUACGUGUGAAUGUGUGCUUUUGCUUACAUCCAAAUAUGUAUGAUUGUAG